AUGACUCUAUCGGACGUGCAAAAGUUCUGCACAAUUGUGUCGUGUCUCGGAGGACCAGCGUAUACACCCAAUGAACUCGAAUGGGUCACGCAAGUUCCGUCUGGAAAAGCUUUGAUCGGAUGGAUUGCGGCACAACUCCAUUCCGAAGACGAUGAAAAUUCGGGACAGGCAGUUCUUUCAAGAAUUGCAUUAGAGGCAGAAGAAGUGAAGCUACUGCAGGAUUCAAAGCCCCGGGCGAACUCUGAUGUAGAGGUUGACUUCUCAAACUAUAUUCCUCCUAGUCGUCAAAGCUCUCGAACCGCCCUUAUCGAUAACAAUGCGUACACGUUCGAACAGGAGGUUCUCUUGCUUCAACAUCGAUUGCGACAGACAAAAACUAUCUCUCAGCAGUUACGGAAAACAGCUCAAAGCAUCACGAUAGGAAUAGAUCGAGUGGAGGGUAGUAUAAGCAAAAAGCAAGAGGAGCUAGAACAACUGUCAUUGGAGGUGGAUACACUUAUCUCUGGUACCUGUUCGAAGUCGUUUGAUUUAUUGCAAUGCUUACAAGAAAACCUCCUUCCAGAUGUUACCAGUGACACUCUAACGAGGUGCCUGAAGGCUCGUAAACAAAUUAUCCAGAAUGUCAUUGAACAGCUUGGUGCGAUCGACACAUGGAUGGAUCAACUUCCCAGUGCUGCACACCUCAAGCUCGAAGCUUUACGCUUACAACAUGUCAUCGGUCUAGAUACGACUGGAUCCUCGAGUUUAUUACUGCUGGCGGAAGAAUCAGCGUACCGUCAACAGCUGAAAUCGCUCAUGGGUACUUUAGAGAAGGCUGAUGCAGAUGAAGGGGAGAUAUACGAUAUCUUACAACGCGUCACAACAGUAAACGAAGAAGUUUAUCCUGGCUCUCCUAAGAUUGUAAAGGAACUGGAGCUGGCCUGGAAUAUGGACCAACUUGCAAUUCUCGAAGCUCGUGCCUCUGUGCUGGACAAGGCCUCUUCCCAGUUUCAUCGAUCUAUACUUCCUCCUCUUCAAAGAAUGCAUGCCCUCCUUGCCGAACAACAAUCUGUGAUCGAUGAUACACUGGCUGUUAUUGGUACUUUCAGACAAGAAAUGGACGAGGUUGUCCAUCAUGUUGACGCAGCAAGGAUAAAAGCGUGCGAUCCUUCCCGAGAUCUAUCUUCAAACUUCAUAAAUCAUUCUUCCUUGGAAAAUGAAAUGAAAACUCUGUUGAAGGACCUACAAGCUGUCAGACCAUCAGAUAUGCCCCCUCUGGUUUUGUUGAAUCAAAAUGACAUUCUAGCAGAGCUUAAGGCUUUGAAAGAGAAGGAGAAAUCAUUGGAUGAUCAAGAGGAACGAUUCGGCUCUUUGAUUCCUAUAAUGCUUAAUUCUCUCAUGGUCCCGCAUGGUCCCGCCUUGGAUGCUAUGUAUGCGCACUCUCCCGUGAACUCUUCAGCACCCUUCCAACUUUCUCCCUCGGUGGCAACGCUUCAGCACAAUGCUAAAGCUAAUGGCGAUGCCUUGGCAGCGCAGAUUCAGCGCUUGCAAAAAGAUUUGACGAUUCUGGACGACAAUAGGACACAACGUAAAUUGGAAUCUUUUGUGGAACGAUGGAAUUCACUGUUCAUAUAG